GGCUGAAUGCAUUGAGGCGUGCUCUCGGCAGUGGCUCCCAGCCAUCGGACCUCCAAUUGAUGGGGACAGUGACGGUCACUUUCCAGGACCUUCAGUGGGCCAUGUCGGAGGUCAAAUGCCAUGAGGCAGGUCGCCAUCGAUGUCCCUAAGGUAUGUCUGGAUUAUGGCCCCUUGGUUUCCCUUUUAGGUCGGCAUAAAAAUGUCCUUUUAACCGUCAUUAGAUUUAUCGAGUGACACAAAAGAUGGAACAACAACUCUGCUGAUGUCACCGGCACAACGGAAAGUGUCUUCUAGUCUCAUGUUCAGAAACGUCAACAAACUUCCUCAGGGAUCGAAAUAUAUCUUCUCUCAGGAGCAAAAAUGGCUUAAUUACUCAUUGGACUACCAGUCAAUGUAUUAUGUCAAUAUUACAGUGAGGCAUUAAGUAAGUUGUGCAUUAGAGAAGAUGCUUUCAGAUCCACAAUUACUUUUGUUGACGUGCGGUUUUCACAGAGGGUUUAAACCGAGGAAGCAUCGGAUGGAAAUGACCCCCAGGUCAUAAUGCUGCCCUUCCUGAAACGGAGAUGAAUCACACACUCAGUGGAGGGAGAGGUGGGGGGACAGCGGUGAGACUCCAGGAUGUUUUGGAGUUUGCAUGUGCAAGACAUAACGGACAGGAAGAGGCUAACAUCAUCUCCAGUACUAAUUGAAAGCAGAUCGGGUCGAUGUCGGUUCCUGCCAGAGAGUGAGAGAACAAAAAGAAAAAGAAAGGCCCUUCCUCCUCCUCUUCCUCCUCCUCUUCCUCUGCACUGAGCUCACCCCGAGACGUUCAGUUCUUGUGGCCAGUUCCUGGAAACAAAAUAGGGACUUGAGUUUUUUCCUUCCCCCAGUGUACUGCAGCUGAAGGGUCGGCCGCAGAGCUCCGACUUGAUUAUAUCCACAUGACUGCAAACAUUUGUUUCUAAUCCAUUUAUAUAAGAAACUUCCAAUGGAGCCCGGGUGAGGAGAGGGCAAGAGCACGCCUCUCUCUCAGGCCGACCGGACUUUUUAAUAUUUUGAUCUGGUAGCUGUAGCCGAGAGAUCCAUUCUGUUGUUCCUCUUUUUCAACUUCCUCUCCUCUCCAAGUUCUUGUCAGGAGAAGUACCCACCACAACUCUGCCGCACCCACCCUUCUUCUCUCCCACCUCCCCAGCAACCCCAUCAAAGCCGGGACCCUGAGAGGCUCCUUGUAAACUUCAGACAACAACAGUAAAAGAUAAUAACUGGGUCACGGAGAGAGAGAAAGAGGCAGGGGGAAUAAAAUCAACACAGCAAGGUGUGACUCAAACUGCGCCCUCUAAUUCCACAUCCGCCAUGUUCGUGACAAAAGCACCUUGCAAUUAAUGUUGCCUUUUUGUUACGCCAGCACUAUGUUCUUUUGUCUGCAGAAAACCUGAACAGAAACAAAACAAAAUAGGGGGGAGGGGGAGAAAAGGUGUAUAAAUCUUUACUGUGCACAUCUGCUGCUGGCCUGGCAGGGUAGAGGCACCUGAAGCUGCCUGAUUGAUUUACACCCCAUAGACUCUGGCAGGAGGAGGCUGUGUCUCUCUCUCUCUCUCUCUCUCUCUCUCUCUCUCUCUCUCUCACCAUCUUUAUCAUCUCUCUCUCUCCAUAAAUUGUUCAGCAUGUGGUAUUUACAGUAUGUGGCCGGAUGCCAGGUUUCCAUUAGGUGCUCCGUUCCCGGGAGACGGCGCCGGUGGCCUGGGAUGUGUUACCACAGAGGAAGGGAGGUAGCGGAGAGGAGUGGGGAGGGAGUGGAGAGGAGGGAGCGGAGAGGAGGAGGGGGGAGGGAGCGGAGAGGGGAGAGUAGAGGAGGGGGGAAGGGGAGAGGAGAGGAGGGGGGAAGGGGAGAGGAGAGGAGGGGGGGGAGGGGAGAGGAGAGGAGGGGGGAGGGGGGGAGGGGAGGGGAGAGGAGAGUAAGGGGGGAGCGGAGAGGGAGGGAGCGGAGAGGAGAGGAGUGGGGGGGGGGGGGGGGUUAGACUGGGAGAGAGAGGGAGAGGAAAAGUCACACUGAUGAAGUGGGGGGGGGGGGACUUAUUGCUCUGGCCAACCCCUGCUCUCCUUAUCUGUUUUAUCUCCUGGAGUCGUGCGCCUCGGCCCGUCAUCUGUCAAAGGGACAGCUGCUGGCUCCGUUCAAUGUCUGCUGCUUCACCCUUAGCCCAGAUCUGGCCCAAUACUUUUCCUGUCGUAUACUUGUUGUCGUGAAUCUCAACAUUUUCUUGUACUGUAUGCCUAUUAUUCCAAAUCUUUCUCACAGAGCAAAAAUACAAACAGUUUUUCAGUGAUUGAUUGAUUGGUUAAUUGAUUUAUUACAGCUGUAGAGAGAAAUAAACACUGGACAAACUGAACCAACAACUUUCUUGGCCCACAGUAAGGAUAUUACUUUUGACUUGAAAAACUACCAUGGAAAACGUGGAUUUUCUUGAGUAGGUUUCUAAAGAAGCUUUCAUACCACUGCUGGAUACCAUGCUCCAUUAAAACUGCCACCCUUUACAGCCCAUUGGGGAUGUCUCUCUUUCCAUUGUGUAUGAAACCUCUGUAUUCUUCUCCCAGUUCCCAGCUGUGUCCGAAGGGUUUGUCUGUUUCCCUUGCAGACUGUUUCCCUGUUAGACUGUUUCCCUUGCAGGUUCACUGGUUGGAUGUGGGAGGCAUGGAGCAGGUGAAGCUGAAAUUGAAGCAGGCGGUGGAGUGGCCCCUCAGGCACCCCGAGGCCUUCACCCGCAUCCAGCCCCCUAAAGGAGUAUUCCUCCAUGGACCCCAGGCUGCUUCAAGCCAUGAUCGCCAAGGCUCUGGCCAACGAGAGCAGACUCAACUUCCUUGCCAUUAAGGUGUUGAUUAUUCUAAGUUUGAUUGUUGCCUGCAUUCUCCACCAAAUGGUCAAUGUACGGGCAGGGAAGUGUCCUUUUUAGACCUUUCUACACCUACAGGGUUCCCUAAAUCCCACCCCUAUAAUGCAUACUUUUGUAAUGCGUCAGUGUUGCAGUUGCAUGGUGUGCAUUGCCUUCAAGCACAGUUUAUUUUGUUAUGGCUGACAUAGCAUGGACCUUUUGAUGUUUACACAACUAGGGAUUUUGAACUUACAUUUACAACUAUAGCUAGUAAAACUAGCACCGCAUCUUUCCGUUUUGAAAACAUACUGUACUUAGCUAUGCUCAGUGAUUUACCAUCGGCAGCCAUUCUCUUGGCUUUACCCCAGUUAAAAAACAAAGGGAUAUGUCCCUGAUUAUCUCAAGGACCUCAGAAUCUUUGGCUUCCUUGGAGGCAGACUUACAGGCCUCCUCACUUGACCCCUCCGACCCCAUGUUUGUCCUCUUCAUUCAUCACCCCAUCCCCUCUUCCCCCUCCUCUCCCUCCACCCCAAUUCACAACUAUCCCCUAUGCUGUCCUCAUCCCACCCCUCUCCCUCGCCCUGCUCUGUCUAGGCCCCUUGAUGGAGAUUGAUUGAUCAGUUCACUGAUUGUUAAUUGGCGCUUAUUUUGGAAGCUGUUGCCGGGUGCGAUGACAGAAACGGUCAGCUAGCCUGAUUAGAUUGGCUGUUAUAUUACACAGAAAAACUUACCUUUAAAGACUUCUUGCAGUGUAAAAUUAUCUUUAAAGUUUUUAACCCAAAUUGUUCAUAUUAUGUUACACUUGAUGUUUAAGCAAAAUAAAAUAGUAAGAAGUUGGCUAAUACUUCUACAAUUACAAAAUCAUGAUGUAUUUUUCCCCUUGCUUCACUAUGCUUUUAGAUGCAUACUACUUGCGUUGUGUACAGUAAAACCCUAACACCCUAUUAACAUGUUGUCACACACACACCAAUAUCACUGUUUCUCUAGCCAAAUAGAAAUGUACCUACAUAGAAUGUAUCCCUCCCAAUGAGUAGCUGGCUAGAUAAAUCAACAGAACAGCAUAUCCCUCAGCCUGGGCAACCACCACAGAGAUACUGGGGUAUUAAUGUGUCAGUCUCCACAGUGUUGUCGUGUUCUGAGGAGACAAAAGGGCUUCCGCUGAAGUGUCGUCUCCCCACCAGCCCAGAGGUGUUGAAAAGGGGGGAUUGCAGGGGGAGGAAGUGCAUCCUGAAGGGCUGAGUGGAGGUUUAUCCGCCUCGCAGGGAGGGAGGGUGCAGAGUGGCCCCAGCAGCCUUACUUACCCUACCUCCUUUGUCCUCUCUGCCUUCCUUCUUAAUGAUAUUUUUUCCCCCCUCGCUUCCUCUCUACCUCUUAACUAUCCCUUUAAUCUCUGAGAGAUUUCUUGGCGGGUUGUCAAAAGGUUCUCAGUGGUUUGUUCAUUGAGGUGUGUUCCUGUCAGAUAUUAAAUAGUGGUGGGGCUAGCUUGUGGUGGUUUGUUAAUUGAGGUGUGUUCCUGUCAGAUAUGAAAUAGUGGUCUAGUUAGCUUGUGGCUAACUAGGUUAAAUGUUAUUGAGCGUUUACUAGUGUUAUAUUGAUAUUAAAUAAUAGUUAUAGCCUACUGUAUAACUAGGGUCCUCGUACGGAAAUCUCCUGGUCCUAUAAUGAAUCACUGGACAGGAGAACCAACUUCCCUCUCUGUCUUUCAGUGUCCAGAGUUACUAAAUAAAUCUGUAGGGGAGUCUGAGAGAGCUGUCAGAGAGGUGAGUACCAGGCCAACUUUCAUUGUCUAUUAUAUACCCAUUACACUAGGAAUAUAAGGACUACUAAUGCUUAGAGGAAAUUGCUUUAAUAUUCUACAGUAUAAUGUAUAUGCAUCUACUGUAUAUUAAUACCUCUCUCACAUAUGUCUAUACUAGGUCAGAGCUGUCACCCCCUCCAUUGUGUUCUUUGAUGAGAUUGACGCUCUUGCUGGAGAAAGAGGAAGGUAGGUAUUUUGUCUCAGAAAUGAAGUUCAAAACUUUUUCUACCUAAUAAACAUAAUACUGCAGACUUGAUGACCACGGCAACUGCUUGCAAGCACAUAUCUUAUUCUGAAAACUGGAAGCACGCAUCAAACCUAAAUUAAUGGGAAAGAUAGGCACCAUUUAAUCAUCAGCCUAGUUCAAUACACUGAAUAGCAUGUAUUUUCCCCAAUUACUCGUUGAAUGACUGACUGUCUAUAGUACCACAAUAAUUACAUUAUCAGUAUAAUUAUUGUCCAGUGUAAUGCCAGCUGUGGAGUUCCUAUGGAGUCAGUCCACUAGUGCUUUGCUAGCAACGCAUGUGCGCCCGCACGCACACACACACACUGACACACAGACGAGCCAGUCUGUCCGGAGGCGCAUCAAUGGGAUGGCACUGGGAACAUCUGUGGCUUCAGGAAAAAGAAAAAACGGACAGAGAGAGGACACAGGCCGCAGAAAACAAGCACUUCAUUGUGUACACCACAGCAGAUGGGGGAAGCCAAAUAUGAGGCGUACUUCCCGGUAAACCCCCACUGAAAGUCAGUGGUGAAGGAACAGACAAAAGACCCCUCCAGCUAUGGUUCAAACGUGGCCUUCCCUCAAGCCUAAUUGGACAGGGCCUGGGAUGGGUCACUGUGUCCUUUCUUAACAAAACCAUUUUGCCAUUAGUGCAUGUAAGGUGACAUUUUCUAUCUGCUUACUAGGACUGGGAAUUGCCAGGGAUCUCACGAUGCGAUAUUAUUACGAUACUUAGGUGCCGAUAUGAUAUGUAUUGUGUUUCUCACGAUUCUAUAUGUAUUGCGACAGUGAUUUUAUUCUGAGUUGAUGUUCCAAACAUAUUGCUCACUGUAUGUCUGCUGCAGAGAGAUGAGAGAGACGAGAGAGCAUGAGAGGCUACAUAUCAAGAGUUGGGGGUCAACUCAGGAAUGGACUGGAUAUGGUAUUCGACCUGACACAAUGCCCAACUUACAUGAGCGAUCUUCUCAUAUGAGUUCCAUGUCUGAUUUUACUGAAUUGACCGGAUUUGAAGCAGUUAUUUGACCACGACUCUGCAGUUGCCUUUCAAAAUGACUUGAUGCAGGGGAGUCAGUCAGUUCACUGCAGCAGAGCUCAUAUCUCCAGGCCACUGGCCAUUUGAAAAAUGCACUUAGCAGUGAUCUAUAAAGGUUAUUUAUUGGUCUUAACUUCCCACAUUUAAUCAAUGAAGUGGCUUCAUUGCUCAUGAGCUGGAAUUUAACUGUUGACACUGCCUGGGCUGGAGAUGGAAGGGUGAUAUUUUGUGUUUUCCUUUCUUGACGUGAAGCACCUGUAAAUCUUCAAGCCUACCUGCCAUAACUGCCCAAAUCUGUUGGAAUGAUUUAUCUGAUAGUGAGAGAGAAAGACAGAGAGCGAGAGUAGAGAGUCUGAGACAGAGUGAGAGGGAGACAGACGGAUAAAGGGAAGAGAGGAAAGGAGGGAGGCGUUGGGUCCAGAGAGAAAGCACGAGAGCGAGAGAAUGAAAGAGCAAGAGAGCAAGAGAAAGAAACCAGGCUUUGGAUGAGAGGCAGAAGCAGCCAUGGCACAUUUCUCUCUUUGUCAUGAGGCCUUCUCCCUAUUCCUCCCAGGACCAUAACUCACUGACAGGCCUCUUUUGUGUUCCUCUGUGGCCUUAUCUGUGGUAAUGACGUGUGGCACUUCCGCUGGCUCUGUGAACAGAGACAGAAAGAGUGUGUGUGUGUGUGUGUUUUUUUUGUUUUACUGUCCUUGUGGGGACCAGAAGUCCUCACAAAAAUAGUAAAACAAGGAAAAGUGGUGACAUUUCGCUGGUCCCCACAAGGAAAAAGGCAUACGGUUAGAAUUAGGGUUAGCGGUUAGGUAACAGGAUUUUGAAUGGGAAUCAAUUGUUUGGUCCUCACAAGGAUAAAACAAACGUAUGUGUGUGACAGCGAUGGGGAGCAGGAGAGGGAGGGAGAGACUGCACUGUGCUAUGGAAAAUAAACACCUUACUAUUUCUCAGUGCAGGGGGCUGGGAUCUGACAUCUUGAACAGAUACAUUUUUGGUUAAAACACAUUUUAUAUCUCUCCUCCCCUAUCAACCCCCCCCCACAUUCUAUACUCUCUCCCCUUCCUCUCGCCCCCUCCGCUCUCCACCUUUGCUCUCUCAGUUUGUUGGGGUCUGGUGGCGUAGGGGACCAGGUCCUGGCCCAGCUCCUGACAGAAAGCUGGGGGACGUCACCGUGCUGGCCACAACCAACCGGCCUGAUAUGAUAGAU